AUUUAUACCAGUUUUUAUUAACAAUUUAUAUAUAUAUAGAUAUAUUGAGAAAUAAUAUUUAAAAUUUCUAGUUGCAUAUCCAGAGGUUACCGACAAUGACAAUGGCAAGAAAAACCCUACUAAUAUGCUCCGGGCUUACAAGCGUACUAAUACUUCGAUGGUUAGCACAUUCGAUAAUAAAACGUCAAAAGAAAGCAAAAAACGAGCAAAAGAAACUAAAAGCUCAGAGUAAAAGAGCCGAACAGUUAAAUAACCUAAAAGCCGAAUUAAAGCAAUUUUCUUUCGAAAAAUCAGAAGAAAUACUUAAUCUAACUGUUCCUGAACUUCUAGAAAAGUUAAUCAAAGGAGAAUUAACAUCACUGCAGGUUGUUUCAACCUACCAGAAAGCCGCGUUAGCUUCUCACGAUCAAACAAACUGUCUUGUAGAAAUUAUUAACGAAAGCAAAGAACUCUGUAAUAGUCCAAUACAACAAGGACAACUACUAUACGGCAUUCCAGUAUGUUUGAAGGAAGAUAUUGGCCUUAAGGGUUAUACCACAUGUUUUGGUUGUGCUAAGUGGUUAGAACAACCCCUAAUCGAAGAUUCCGUUAUAGUUAAAGUGCUUAAGCAUCAUGGAGCUAUUCCAUUUGUUAGAACAAAUCUUUGCCAAAUGACAUUGACGUACGAAAGCUCCAAUCCAAUUUAUGGUGAAACUCUCAAUGCUGUCCAAAAUGAUCGAAGUCCCGGCGGUUCUAGCAGUGGUAAUGGAGCAUUAAUCGGAAGCGGGGGAAGUCCUAUAGGAAUCGGCUCUGAUAUGGGUGGUUCCCUGAGACUACCUGCACAUUUUAAUGGCAUUGUCGCUCUUAAACCUUCCGUUGGUAGAGUAAGUUCGAAAGGUUGUAAACCACUCUUUCCCGGUAGAGAAAUAAAUCCACCGGCAUAUGGACCACAAGGAAAAGAUGUUCAAUCAGUUGUUUCCCUUAUGAAGGCUUUAGCUUCGAAUAUAAUGUAUGAACUAGACGAAACAAUUCCACCGCUGCCUUUCAACAACGACCUAUACGAAUCAAAGAAAAAUUUCCGCAUUGGUUAUUUCGACUUUAAUGGGGUUUUUCCAGCUGUUCCCGCUGUAAAACGAGCAGUAGAGCACACGAAGAACAUAUUAUCAAACAAGGGCUAUGAAAUGGUAAAUUGUAGUAGUUGGCAUGAGCAAAUUCAAUUUCAAGUUGGAGUUGAGCUGAUUACUGAUCAUACAUUGAUAGACGGAUGUAAAGAAAUGAUGGCGGCACUUGAUAAUGAGGAACUAGAUGCUUCGUUCCAACAAUUUAUAGGAUUCCUGAGGAUGCCUAAAUUUAUCCAGCGUCUAAUUGCUCACAUGGUUUCUCUCUCAGAUCAGAGUACUGGAAGGAUUUUGGCUAAGAUGAUAAAUAGAGACGCCUCAGUUACUAAAUUAUUUGAACAUGGUCGAAUUAAACAAGAAUAUAAAGAGAAGAUUCGUUCUUUAUGGGAAAGUGAAAACUUAGACGCUAUUAUAUGUCCACCUUGCGGUGUUUACGCACCUCCCCCAAAAAAGUAUAUGAAUGCUGUUGGACCCGCUACAACUUAUGCCUCUGCUUGGAAUAUUACAAACUACGUGGCAGGUGUUGUUCCAGUAACAACUGUUAACGAAAAGGAUGAAAAAGAUCUUGAUCAAUAUCUGGAAUCUAACAAAAGCAAUCCACUCGCUAAAUUAACUUGUGAGGGAUCCCGAGGAGGUGUCGGUCUACCAGUUGGUAUUCAAGUCAUAACUCCACCAUUUAGAGAGGAAACUUGCUUGAAUAUUAUGAGACAAAUCGAAAAAGGAGUAAAAUAUUAAAGAUACUGAGAGAGAAAAAGGUGAUACAGAUAAGAAUGAAAUUUAUUAGAUUAGUGCCUAACAUUUAUCUUUAUACUAACGACUUUUGUUUUUUAAAAAAGAAACAAACACGAAUCAUCUAUUAAUCUUCUUUUCUAUCUCCUUUGAAUAUAUAUUCAUUAUUUAAAUUUAUUUGCUGUUUAGUAAUUCUACUUGAUGUAUCCGAUAGUUCAUCCUUUAAAUCUGUUCUAUCAGAUUUUUCUUCAAAUUCCGAAAGUACUGUACUUUUUAUUAUUUGGAUACUUUCCUCUUUGUGGUCGGAACAAUCUGCUGUUUGUGUAUCUUUUUUAGAGUUUGAAUAACUUAUCGAAUCAAUAUGCAAUUGGCUUGCAACGGCCUUCUCUCUAUCCCUUUCUAACGAGGUUCCAGAGUUAUGCCGUAAAUCUUCGAAAUUCAAUGAAUGACCCUCAUUAGUAAUAUCACUAUCGCGUCUGUCCUUCGUAUCACUUUUGCAGCUAGCGUUUUCAGGUGGAAUUUGAUGUAUUUCUUGUUGAUUAUUCUCCUCAGUUUUGAAUGUAUCAUUUGGUAAUCUAUCUACUUCCCCUCUUAAUCUCAUUCCGUAAUCCUUUAAUUCGGGUGAUUUAGGACUGGAACUUUCGAUUUUCACCUCUUUUCCUUUAUCAUUUUGAACUGUAACCUCAGUGUUUAAUUGAGAAUUCUCAGAAGCUUGAAUAACUUCGCUAGACGUAUUAUUUUCGUAUAGUUCCCUACACUCGUCUGUAUUUAAUCUUUGAGAAUCCUCCAUGGUAUUCGGUGUCAAUCUUCCACAGUCUUCUCGAGCUUCUAUCAACUCUCCUUGGUCUUUAUCAAAUUCUUUAGCUGAUUUAUCGGUACUUUCGAAUGUUUGAGAUGGGAGAGUCAUUUCAGAAAUGCUACAGAAUAUAAACGAUGCUCUCGAUUCAGUAUGAGAAUCUGUUUUGCUAAAUUCUGACUUUUCUUUGACAAGAUUUUCAACAGUUGCCUUGACUCUCCUAAUGCCCUUCUCAUCGGGUUUAUCGACAGAACUAUGGAGGAAUUUUUGACCAGUUUUAGGAUGAAUAUCGAAUUUUUCAAUCUGCCUGAUAACCUCAUCACAAAAUGAGUUAUCUACAUUCGAAUCUAAACCUCUAACGUCAUCAAUUUCAAGUCCUUCGAAUCUUUUACAAAAUUCGUCUUCUACUAACCUCGAACUGUCGAACCGUUCUGAUAUAUUUGUUCUUAGGAGGCUUUGUAUCAGUCUUUCGCACGAAUCGGUGAGUACAAUCCUUUCUAAUUUUGGUAGUCCUCUUUUGAUAUUAUAGUAAACUUGCUUGGGGGUUGUUCCUGGAAAAGGAAAGUGACCUCGUAAGCAGACGUAAAGAACUAUUCCAAUACUCCAUAAGUCGGCUUUAGUAGCGACGUAUUCGCGUUGCAGCAAAACUUCGGGAGCGGCGUAUUGAAGGUUACCAACAAAAGUUGUUGACCAAAUAAUUCCCAAGGCUCUUGGAUCAUUUAGAUUAUCCGUUGCUACUCCAAAAUCCGAUAAUUUCAAACUAUCGUGCUUAUCGAGAAGCAAAUUUGAGCAUUUAAUAUCUCUAUGAGCUAUUCCCUAAAGAGUUGUACAAAUAUUUGGCAAUUAAUUCUUAAUUGGCUUUUAUAGUUAUUAUAAAAACCUUAUUGUGUAAAUAAUCUAUGGCUUUAGCUAAUUGUGCAAUCCAUACUCCGACAACCGGCUCUGGUAGACGAAAGUGGCGAGUAACUUCAUCUCUAACGGUUCUGCCAGAUAAUCUCUCCAUGAUAAUAUAUACCCGAUUAGCGGUCUCAGCCCCGGCCACACAUUUAACGAUGUUCGUAUGAGAUACUUUAGAGGUUAUUCGUAGCUCUCUCUUGAUAAAUUUAUCAAAAUGGACAGUUCUUCCUUUCUUAAUUAACCUAGCUUUAUCAUAUAUUUUUAUAGCUACUUCUUUACCAGUUUUUAUAGAAUAUCCAGAUAGAACAAUUGCUGUGCUACCACGUCCGAUUUCAACAUCAUUUCGAUGGAAACCUAGAAUUUCUAAAACAGUUUUAUCUUUUUUACCAAUACUACAUUUGUCUUGGGAAAUUCCUGUGCUAGAUUUAUGCCAGGUUAAUACUUGGAAGAGACGCUUAAUAAGAUUGCCUGAGCUAGAUUUUGACAAUUCCUCCUAACAAUAUUGUUUGUAUUAUUAACAAGAAUCUCCUAAUCGAAAUAAUCAGUUUUACCUCUUUUCUUACUUUACG